AUGGCGCGGCGCAGGCUGCCGGACGCGCUCAAGGAGGGGCGAGCCGAGGUGCUAUCUCACGACCAGGAGAAGCUGCUGCGCCGCGAGGAGGCGGUGCAGCGGCAGCUCAACGCCGCGGUCGAGAGGUACGCCGCCGCGCUCGAGCUCUUCGACCAGAAGAUGAAGGAGAAGCAGAAGAAGGCGCAGUGUGGUGCUGCGCCGGGUGUGAGCGGGUAUGAGCGAUCGGUGGAGCGGCGGUGUCGAUACAUGCGGCGCAGCGGCUGCGGGCGGGAGCAGGGCGUCGACGACUUCUCCGACUGCGCCGCCUUCAGCCUCGCGACGCCGCGCCUCGGCCUCCUCGCCCAUCGCCGUGGGCUCGCGCGGUUCGUGGACCUACGCUUCGCCAUUGCGAUGAGGCUCCUGCUCAUCCAGCGCUCUGCCGGUACUUUCGGCACUGUGUCGGUGACGCUCAGCGAGGUCACCCUCCGCAAAUACGCCGGCGACUGCCGAGCCAGCGCCGACCACUUCCCAUGGCUUGCGAGCGUGAGCCCGGCGUACCGCCUCUCGUCAGAAUUUGAGGGCGCUGGCGAGUUCCGCAAAGAGGACUGGAGGCUGCGGCGCGGCGAAGAGGUUGGCGCGAAGCUGCGGACUCGCUUCUUGCAGCGUGGCAGCGUGUAUCACUUCGAGGGCGAGCGAGGCGCGGAGCGUAUGGUGCGCCAGGUGUUCGACGGCACGGUGUUUCACUUCGAGGGCGAGCCAGGCGCGGAGCGUAUGGUGCGCCAGGUGGCUGUCGACGGCAUGGUGCUUCACUUCGAGGGCGAGCGAGGCGCGGAGCGGAAGCUGCGCACCGAGUAUCCCGACGGCGACGUGCUUCACUACGAGGGCGAGCGAGGCGCGGAGCGGAAGGUGCGCGAGUGUAUCGAAGGCAUGGUGAUUCACUACGAUGGCGAGAAAGGUAUGGAGCGGAUGGUGCGCGCGGUGAGUGCCAGCGGCGACGUGCACCACUACGAGGGCGAGCGAGAUGCGGAGCGGGUGGUGCGCACAGAGUGUGUCGACGGCGAGGUGUUUCACCACGAGGGCAGCGAGGCGCGGAGCGGAGGGUGCGCGAGGUGA